CGUCCAACUAAGCCUCGCACUGCCUCAAUAAUAGUCUCGAGCCAUUCUGUCCAACCAACCUUUUCGUCCGUUGAUCCUGUAUACAAUUCAUCUUUUCUAUUUUGCUGUUGUUCAGCGUGACCCGCCUUUCGUUUCAGUCGCAUCCGACGUCGCCGCUUGCCAUUGCCCUUCCCUCCGAAGCCCUCAAAUCGUUCCAUCGAUCCUGCGCUCGACACAUUGCAGAUUUCCUGCGAUUCUCUUCUGCGCAAUGUUAUGAUAGUCACUGUCGCCUCCUCUCUCCCCGGAGAGCCGCUUUUGUGGUCAGAUGUCUUCAGAGAACAGGACACCGCCUCGGGGCACGACUCCCCAGUCCAUUCCGUUAAGGACUCUCUCCAGGACUCCUGACGGGGCCUCACCACCGCCCUCCGACGAUCCCAACCCACCCAGCAGCAUUCUAGGUCAUUUUCAACGUCACAGUCGGACAAGAUCGCUUCUCACCGGCCGCAAUGCCCCUAGCUACGCGAGACUGGACGAAGAAUCGCCUACAAGAGCUGGCUUGUCAUAUCGGAACCACCCUGCUCCUUCGAGCCAGGAGGGGGUCUCACCGAUUGAGGACAUUGACGGAUUCGCAGCCGCCACGGUCGGCCUGGAUUUUGCCCAUCCAUUCACUCCUGCUGCAGGCACCGGCGUCAGCAGACCUACAAUAAUCACAACCCCCGCCGAAAGGGACCUUCCAGAAUCCGAUCAUUUGUUCUCCCCGCCAGAUAACGACACCACCCCUUUGACCGAGUCUCGUUCCUUCUCCUCUUCCCUGAAACCGACCGACUCACUUGCGCCUGGGAGAGCGAGCAGGGACAGUAGAUCCAGCGGACAUUCAAGUCUACAAUUUGCUGAUGGCUCUCCAAGGCUUUCACGAGGCCGUGGCUCUCACCUGGGUGAUGAUCUUCACACCCUUGACACGGGCAUGGGAGUGCGCCGCAAACUCAGCAGUGCCAGUGGUAUCCUCCGCAUGUCAUCAAGCCAGGACGACCGCGAGUCUCGCUCACGCUCUCUAUCACCCUCUCCCUCCCCAAUGGCGAGAGCCAAUUCCAUCCUGCGGGGAAUCUCGCAGCGUGUCGUCAAUCUGAGUAACGAUACGGACAUGGUGGACCAGACUGUCCGGCGCAAACCCUCUAUCAAGGAGGCCAGAAGACCUAGCGUAUCCGCACAGACGACCGACAACCCUGACGUCGAAGACGCGCCUGCUACUCCAACUCCUCUGGAGAAGAUACCUUCAGUCUCCGAGGUACCAGCCAUUUCUCCACCGCCCAUGCCCAUUCAUUAUCCCAAUCCUUUGCUCGGCAGAACAUGGGGCGUCUUCGGCCCAGAGAACCCUCUGCGAAAGUGGCUGUGUGAAGUCCUAGUUCAUCCAUUGACCGAGCCCUUCAUUUUGGCUCUCAUCGUCGCUCAAACCGUUCUUCUUACUGUCCAUGCUUCCUCCGAUGCCACCUAUCUCGAGACAAGGACACGAGCUUGGGGUUCCACCGGCUAUGAUUACGCCAUGUUGGCCUUAUUCAGCAUUUACACAUUGGAGCUCAUUGCCCGUACCAUUGUUUCGGGAUUUAUUUCCAACCCUCGUCAACUGAGCACCAUUAAUCGCUCCAUAGGUCUCAAGAAAGCACUUUUGCUUAAAGCCGAAUCGCUUUUUGCUUCCGCCCGUGAGCGUCAACAACAACAACAUAAACCUAAUGCCGACGACGACGACGACGACGACGUCCCCAUUAACCCUUCGAUUGUCAGGACCCUAACCGGUCUCCCUGUACCAGGCGGUCCUGGUCAUGGGAAGCAGCAGCAGCGUAUUCGUCUAGCCCGGCGUGCUUUCCUGAGGCACUCUUUUAACCGUCUGGAUUUUCUCGCUGUCGUCUCGUACUGGAUAUCCUUGUCCAUGCAGCUCGGACGCGUCGAAGUAACCAAUCACGUCUAUGUUUUCAACAUGUUGAGCUGCCUCCGUAUUUUGCGACUCUUGGGCUUGACUGCUGGUACUUCGAUAAUUCUCCGCAGUCUCAAGAGGGCGGCACCUCUACUGGUACAUGUCGCAUUUCUGAUCGGGUUCUUCUGGUUGAUUUUCGGCAUUGUCGGUGUUCAGAGUUUCAAAUCAAGCCUCCGGCGUACUUGUGUCUGGGUCGGAGAUGAUGGAUCAGGACAGAACUAUACUCUCAACAUUGCUCCAGAGAAUAUCCAAUUCUGCGGCGGCUAUCUCAACGCAGUCACUGGAGCCCAGAUGCCCUGGCUAACGUUUGAUGGACGAAAUGGCACAAAAACUCCCAAGGGUUACCUUUGCCCUCAAAAUUCACUGUGCGUUGAAAGUGGAGAUGGUCCAUACAACGGCACUGUCAGCUACGACAAUAUUCUCCAGUCUUUAGAACUUGUCUUUGUCAUCAUCAGCUCCAACACGUUUUCGGAUCUCAUGUACUAUCUCACAGAUUCCGACUAUCUUGCCUCUGCACUGUUCUUCGCCAUUGGAAUUGUGGUGCUAAGCAUGUGGCUGGUCAAUUUACUAGUUGCUGUCAUCACCUCAUCUUUCCAGAUUAUUCGUGAGGAAAGCAGGCAGAGCGCCUUCACGCCAGAAAACAUUGAUGAGCCUGUCAUCGAAGAGGACACCAAAGGGAAAAGAAGCCAACUGAAGCGUUGGUUUGACAAAACACGUCUUUUCUGGGUCUGUAUCAUUGCUUAUUCGCUCAUUGUCCAGAGCUUGCGAAGUGCAAAGAUGGGCGAGGACGGAAUGCGUUUUAUCAUGAACUCGGAAACCGUCGUAACGUUCCUAUUGUUGUUUGAAAUCAUCUUACGCUUUGCCUGCGACUGGAGACGAUUCUUCAAGAGCAAAACCAACAACUUCGACUUGUUUCUCGCCGUCGUCACAUCGAUCAUGCAGAUCCCAGCAAUCCGGAACUCUGGCCAGCCUUAUGCCUGGCUGACGGCUUUUCAGAUUGCUCGGAUUUAUCGCAUCGUCAUUGCCAUUCGAGUCACGCGAGAGCUCGUCAUGACUGUUUUCCGAAAUAUCGGCGGUUUACUCAACCUCAUUCUCUUCGUCUUUCUUUUCACUUUCCUGGCCGCUAUUUUGGCAUCACAACUCUUCCGAGGCGAUUUUCCGGCAGAAGAUGCUGCCGGUGACACCAUAGAUGUCACGUUUUUCAACAUCUGGAACUCGUUCAUCGGCAUGUAUAUUGUUUUCUCCAGCGAGAAUUGGACAUCAAUGAUGUACAACGCCACCGAGUUCAAUUUGAUUUGGAACACCGCCUGGCUGAGUGCCAUUUUUUUUAUCUUGUGGUUCAUUGUCUCCAAUUUGAUCGUUCUCAAUAUGUUUAUUGCGGUCAUUCAGGAAAGUUUUGAUGUCUCUGAAGAUGAAAAACGACUUCAACAGGUGAAAGCCUUUCUGAAGCAGAAAGAGGUCAGUAGCUCGACCACGGGAAACCUCUCCUUGACGGCAGUCUUCAAACUAGGACGCGACUCAGAACGACAGCGCGAAGCGCUCGAGUACGGCUCCUCGACGGUUGAGCAGCUGCUGCGAGAAGCGGUAGUCAAGGAUUUUUUGGAUGAGCAACAAGAAGGCAUUUCUCGUCGUCCAACGUCGAUGCACAUUCCACAACCUGCCAAUGUCAACCCAGGCUUGUUGUCCAAGUAUUGGGGCAAGAUCUCAGGUCUCAACUCCCACAAAGACCCCAACCCGUUUUACUCCAAUGCGUCUGUCGGGCGCGCCAAUGAAGAGUUUGACCCCCGGGCUGUUGCUCAACGCGUUGUCAGCACUGCCGAAAACCGACGCAAAGCACAGCGGCAGUACUUGCAAAGGCAUCCAAAGUACAAUGUCUCCCUGUUCAUAUUCAAGCCUGACAAUCCGAUCCGAAAGAUGUGCCAAUAUGUGGUUGGGCCAGGGAGAGGAAGCGAACGAGUUGAGGGCCCGUCUCCAUAUCGCCCAGCUUGGUAUGCCUUCUCGGCCUUCACUUAUGCAGCUAUCGUGGCCAUGGUUAUACUUGCAUGUAUCGCUACUCCGCUAUAUCAAAGAGAUUUCUACUUGACCCAUACUCGCAGCAUCAGCAACUGGUUCAUUUGGACAGACAUGGCGUUUGCAGUCUUUUUCACGAUCGAGGCCCUAAUCAAGACAAUUGCUGAUGGCCUGUUCUUCACUCCACAUGCAUAUUUUCGGAGCGUUUGGGGAAUCAUCGAUGCGGUGGUGCUCAUCACACUCUGGAUCAAUGUUUUGACCGCACUGUACAGGGAUGAUGGGGUGUCUCGUGCGGUGGGUGCCUUCAAAGCGUUGCGAGCUUUACGCUUGCUGAACAUCAGCAACACGGCGCGAGAUACGUUCUACUCGGUCAUCGUGGUUGGCGGGUACAAGGUCCUCGCUGCAGCGUUCGUCUCAAUGAGCUUGCUGAUUCCAUUUGCCAUCUUGGGCCUGAAUCUGUUCAACGGGAAAUUGCAACGAUGCAACGACGGUGAUUUCUCGGGACUACUUACCAACUGUGUCGGAGAGUUCAAUUCGACUCCGUUCAACUGGCCGAUGCUUGCGCCACGCCAUGUCUCCAACGACUAUUUCAGCUUCGACAAUUUUGGUGACUCCCUCUUCAUCCUGUUCCAGAUAGCUUCACAGGAAGGAUGGACGGGGGUGAUGUCCGCAGGGAUGAGCAUCACAGGUCUCGGGCUACAACCUGAGUCGUUCUCCUCUCAGGGCAAUGCCGUCUAUUUCAUCAUCUUCAACCUGCUUGGCGCAGUCUUUGUCCUGACCUUGUUCAUCUCGGUCUUUAUGCGGAACUAUACGGAACAGACAGGUGUGGCUUUCUUGACAGCCGAGCAGCGAUCCUGGUUGGAAUUAAGAAAGCUUCUCAAGCAGAUUUCGCCUUCGAAACGUUCGUUUUCCGACCAAGAUAAGUCUUGGAGGAAGUGGUGCUACGACCGAUCAAUCAAGAAGAAGGGCAAGUGGCAACGUUUCAUCACUGGGGUGCUAUUAUUGCAUCUGGUGUUGCUCAUCGUUGACUUUUACCCUGAGCCAAGAUGGUGGCGAAGCCUACGAGAGUACCUCUUUCUCCUGUUCACCCUGAUCCUGAUGUGCAAUAUUGUGAUCAGGAUCUUUGGACUUUCGUGGGAACGUUUUCGGCGGCGGUCCUGGGAUCUUUAUUCUGUUGGUGCGGUGUUUGGAAUUUUUGUGACUUCGAUCUUGACUCUGGCAAACGUUCGCAACGGAACAUUGGCACAGAUCCACAAACUGUUCUUAGUGUCGAUUGUAUUUCUCCUCAUCCCACGCAACAAUCAACUGGAUCAAUUAUUCAAAACGGCAGCUGCGUCAUUACCGCUCAUUACGAACCUUUUGGCGACAUGGUUUGUCCUAUUUCUGGUGUACGCAAUUGCAUUCACGCAAGCUUUCAGCCUCACCAGGUUUGGAGACAACGAGAACAACAAUGUCAAUUUCCGAACGGUACCCAAAGCACUGAUUCUUCUGUUUCGAUGCAGUAUUGGUGAGGGAUGGAACGAAAUUAUGGAGGAUUACGCGAGCAUUGAGCCUCCAUUCUGCAUUCGUGGAGAUAGCUUCUUCGAGAGCGACUGUGGAAGUUCGGCGUGGGCACGAGCAUUGUUUAUAUCUUGGAACAUUAUCAGCAUGUACAUUUUUGUUUCGCUGUUCGUGUCGAUGAUAUUUGAGAGCUUUUCAUAUGUAUACCAGCAGAGCAGCGGCAUGUCAGUGGUGAGUCGGGACGAAAUUCGGCGUUUCAAGCAAGCUUGGGCAGAAUUUGAUCCCGAGGGGACUGGAUUUAUUUCCAAGCAGCAGUUCCCGCGAUUUUUAGGGGAACUCUCUGGCGUAUUCUCGAUGCAGAUUUAUAACGGUGAUUUCACUGUUGGAAGUAUCAAAGAAGAUUGCAUGGUUCAGCCGGGCGACCCGCCGAAGCCGAGCAAUCGUAUCGUGGAUGGGAUCGAUCUCGACAAGUUGGAGGAGCGUGUCAACCAGAUACCGGUGCAGGAAAUUCGACAACGACGCGAACGCAUGGAAGUCUUUUAUCAGGAAGUGCUGUUGACCGCGGAGAAAGAUCGAGGAAUUCCGUUUACCGCGAUGCUGUUCCUCUUGACGCAUUACAACGUGAUUGUGGACUCACGAAGUCUACGGCUGGAGGAAUUCCUGCGUCGACGGGCACGUCUACAAAGAGUACACGAAACCAUCCGGCGGAACACAGUGGUGGGCUUUUUCGACACGCUUCACUGGUCGCAAAAGUUCCGAGCUGUUAUGAGGUAUCGACGCAAUUCGCGGCUUGGGGCGCCACCAAUGAUCCCAGUGCCUGAGAUAUUCAUCGAGGACCCCGAUGAUGCUGGGUAUGAAGGAGGUGGAACGGAGCCUCGUGAUUUUACAUCAUCGACGCCUUCUUACACGCCACGAAAGCCGUCACCGAACCUGCCACCGAUAGAUACGUCGUUCCAGCACGGGGAUCCAAUGAGGAGUCCUAGCUCGCUUGCCUACCCUGAUUCGCCAUUGUCGAGUCCUCUGCGAGCGGCCCGGUUGGCCUCGGUGGACACAUCGUACUCGGGGGCGAACAGAAUGUCGCCGACGACACCAACACUGGCCCACAGCAGACAUGGCAGCACUGCAAGUGAAACAGCAGAGCAAGGGGUAUUGGAAAGUUUUGACAGUUCGGCUUGGGGGGCCAGUCUGCGGCGGAGCUUUACGACCAGGAGACCGAGUCGAGAUAGUGGGUGAUUUUACGAGACACGAGACGAAGACGAUGUGAGAUUUUGCUUUGUUGAUAGUAGAGGUGAUGACUAGGUGGAUUACCAAAUGAGGGCAUAGCGACGGCGCACUGAUCGACACUACGGGAUCUACGAGUAUGGAGUGAAGUGAAUGAUUUGGACUGGUUGAAGAUUUGGCUUUGGCCACAAGUGGCACGGGCGUAUGUGAUAGACCAGGGAGUUGGCGAUCCUGUAUUUCGACGAGCGAAGAUUUGGCUUGGUAUGACCAACAGGAGAUGAAUCGAGCUAGCGAGGCCGAUCAUUUCGUAGAAUGUUUAACUUCUUAUACCGAGGAAUGCAAUGGAACGCCAUGUAAGGUGGUUGCGGAGGCGGAGUCAAAGGAACCCCCUUGCACGCAGUUUAUGACUACGGAGUAUGUAUGAAGGCGAGAGGCUGUGUAUCAGGCGAUGUUUGAAUCAGAGACCUUUUGAUGUGAAGCGUAGGUCGAACACAACGAGCUUCAGCAACAGACGCAAAUGGUGAGACAUGAAGCAGAAGCUCCGUGGGGUGAGAUCUGUAGAGUCCGAGGGUGAUCAGGGUCCGUUUU